UGUUCAGGUGCACACUUUACAUGUGGCCUCAUGGAAAAAUUACAGCAAAUGAAAGACACCCUUCAGAUUCAUAUCGACUCCAUCCAAGAUGAGCUCAAUAGUCUGAGUCAAGACAUUUGGAGUCACCCCGAGCUUGCCGGUAACGAGACGAAAGCGCACGACAGACUGGUCCGUUUCUUCUCGCAGCGAGAUGGUGCGUGGACGGUGGAAAGCCACUUUAAACUACCGACCGCAUUCCGCGCGAGCUGGGGUCCAGUCGGCGGCGAGCCCAAAGAAGGGAACACCGUGCUCAACGUGGGCUUCCUGUGCGAGUAUGACGCGCUGCCGGACUUAGGACACGCGUGCGGGCACAACCUGAUAGCUGAAGUCGGUGCUGCGGCUGCUGUGGGCCUGAAAGCAGCUUUGGAUCGUCAAUCUGAACUCCCAGUGUCCGUGAAGAUAACGGUUUUAGGAACUCCUGCAGAGGAAGCUAUUGGAGGAAAGAUCGACCUCAUCCAAGCAGGGGCUUUCUCUGAUCUAGACCUUGUCUUCAUGGCUCAUCCAGCUCAGCAGGACGCCUCAUUCCUGCCCACUGUUACAAUCGAAGAGGUGACAGUGAAGUACCAUGGGAAAGCGUCUCACGCCUCGGCGUAUCCUUGGGAAGGGGUGAACGCUCUGGAUGCGGCUGUACUGGCAUACAACAACCUGUCUGCUCUCAGACAGCAGCUCAAACCAGAAUGGAGACUUCACGGCAUCAUCAAAAACGGAGGGGUGAAGCCCAACAUCAUCCCCGCCUAUGCAGAGCUGGAGUUUUAUCUGCGCACGCCGCUGCUCAAGGAUCUCCUCAACCUAAAGGCCAAGGCUGAGGCAUGUUUCAGGGCUGCUGCUCUGGCAACCGGCUGUCAGGUGGAGAUAAUCUAUCCUAGCCAUACUUAUUAUAACAUUUUGCCUAAUGCCACCCUGGCAAACCUGUAUGAGAGUAACGGAAAGACUUUGGGGAUUGAGUUUCCAGAGCAGCCUGACCUUUUCUCUGGUUCCACUGACUUUGGCAACGUAUCAUUCAUCGUUCCUGGCAUCCAUGCUUUCUUCUCCAUCGGCUCUGCAGCGUUGAACCACACGAAGGAAUACACUGAAGCAGCAGGAGCUGAAAAGGCCCAGCUGUUCACCCUGAGGACAGCCAAGGCUCUGGCUAUGACAGCUGUGGAUGUCGUGUGCCGCCCCGAUCUGCUCCAGCAAACGAGGGAGGACUUCAGUCGAGCCAAGCUGAAGCAGGAGAAGUGACUCCGGGGCGGGAAAGUGCUGCUCCAAGACAUGACUUGAGCGUGUUGCUUCACAGCCGUAGCAGGACUUUUGAUGAAUUGAGUCAUGAAACAACAACACAGUUGGGGGGAGAAUGGCUCUUAGUAAUCUAGAAGGAACGUCACUGGAUCAUAUUGAGGCUUUCUGCUGACUGGGAGGCUGGAUUUUUCAUUGUCUGUGACUUGUCAAGAAUAUCCCAUUGGAUAAUGAAGGAAAAAAGGUGCAGCAGAGGAGUAUUUAGCUUUAGAGAAUCUUCUGAUAAAUUGCUGAUUAUUGCUUAGCUGCCAGGCUUCACGGUCCUGCUUUCUGAAA